GAUAGCCCUAGCUGUAAGGUGGUAUCUCCUGGAGAUAUGGCUGGGGUGGAAUUCAAGAGAAGGAGGGUUCCAACGAAAAGAAUUUUUGGUUCCGAGUUUACUGAUCCAACUAAGAAGAAAAAGAAAGCAAAGACAAUUGUAACUGAUCCUGGUGAAAUUAAUCCCCUACAGCCAUAUGACGAAAAGCAAAUGAGACGUUUUAAGAAAUGGGUAAUUGGUUUAAAAAAGAAUGAUAAGCAUAUUUCUCUCUUGGCUGGUUCGUGCACUGCGAAAUGGUUUAUUCAGCUACUUACACCACGUACAUGGCUGGACGGACUGCACAUUGAUGCAGCUUUAGGGUUGAUGAAAGAACGAGUGUACACUUACAAGAAGACUUACUCCGAAAGAUUCACCAUCGUGGAUUCUAUGUUCCAACAGUUCUUCGAACCACAUUGGGAACAAUUCAACAAGAAGAAAAUCAAAUCAAGCUACAUUUGGCCACAAGAAGUGCUUGAUUACUUGGUAGGUGAUGAUAACAAUUUCAAAAGGAGUUGGAAAGACAUUGAUGAAGUGUUUACCCCAAUUAAUUUUUCUGGGACACAUUGGGUGUUGUUAGAGAUAUCAUUGACAAGCUGUCUUAUAAAAGCUUAUGACUCUGAUAUCACUGUGGUCUCCAACAAGGAGUUUGAGAAUAAAAUGAGCAGAUGGGGAAAAAUGCUACCAUUUCUAAUUCAAUCCAGUGGGCUGUUAAGCCAUAGGAAAGAUGUCCAACUACAAGCACAGAAAGUGCGUUUUGAGUUCACAAGACUUGGCACAGAAAAAGUGCCACAGACCAAAACUAGUGGCGAUUGUGGGGUAUAUGUCAUCAAACAUCUAGAGUACUUGCUAGCCAAAAAACCGCUAUCCGAAGUGAAUGACGACAACAUGGAUUUCUUUAGAAAAAAGACUUGUGUAGAUUUGUUUUACCAUAACUUACAACCAUAGUUGUCUUUUAUUUAAUUAUAUGUAUCUUACUUUUGAAUGUAUGAAGAAACUAUGUCAACUUCAUCUCAUUAAAUGGUAUUGAAUGACUUCGUUUA